ACAGAAAGGCAAACUUUUUCCGGUUCCGGUCCGGCGAGAGCUCUUUUGGCGAGAUGAAACUGCUCACCCACAAUCUGCUGAGCUCGCAUGUGCGGGGGGUGGGGCCCCGUGGCUUCCCCCUGCGCCUCCAGGCCACCGAGGUCCGCAUCAACCCCGUGGAGUUCAACCCUGAGUUCGUGGCGCGUAUGAUACCCAAGGUGGAGUGGGCGGCGCUCCUGGAGGCGGCGGAUACCUUGCACCUGGUCGAGGUGCCCAAAGAGCCGAUUGAGGGAUAUGAGCAUGAUGAGAAAUUUCUGAGGAAAAUGCACCACGUCCUGUUGGAGGUGGAUGUGUUGGAGGGCACCCUGCAAUGCCCAGAGUCUGGACGUCUGUUCCCCAUCACCCGUGGAAUCCCCAACAUGCUGCUGAAUGAUGAGGAAACCGAGAAUUGAUCAUGCCAGGCACCAGUUUAACGUUUUGUA